AUGAGCUCGAGGAUGCCAAAUAACGGAGAGGAAUCUGCAGGAGAGUCUGAAGGAAUCUGGCACCCUGCCCAUGAAUGGCUGGAAGAAGACGAGCUAGAUACCGACUACCACCCCGCACAAGAGUCCGAAGGCGACGACGGAUCGGAGGGUGACUUGCCGAUUGAGGAUGCAGCGAUAGGUAUGGGGUACACGGAUGUGGAUCCUACGCAUUUCAAUAUCGGGAAUAUCGCGAUUGAGUUCACAUCCGACGACUUUGACAUGAGCGAGCAACCCCCUGGUCCGGACGGCGGACCCAUCCGCCUUUCGGCCACCCAGUUGUUCGAAAUACUUGCUUCCAGCGGAUUACAACAAAUCCUCCAUGCCAAUGGUUGGCCAACUGCACAGGAAGAGGAACAAGAAAGGCUAGCGGCCGAACAAGAGGACAAUGACGAGGAUGAGAGUGAUGAGGAUUUCCUUCCAAGUUAUCGGAACCGGCUGCGAGCAAGACAACCCGGAGCAGUCGCUGAACUACCUCCAGUCCCUAAUCCGAAAGGCAAGACAUUGAUGAACGACGGUCACUUUGGAACUAAUCAAUCUUAUAUUGAUCGACUUAAACAGCGCAAGAAGGGUUGGGCCUCAAACUUGAUGUGGCGAGAAUUAGGGAUUGACACCCAGGGAGCGCAGAAACGAGCAGAUCAAUCCAUGUUACAGGGCUUUAUACCGGCCUCCGUUGCCGAUAGGAUCAUUCAUUAUGACUCGCGAAGUUAUUCUGGCCAAUUCUCGGACGAUGGCAAUUUUUUCUUUUGCUGUGCACAAGACUUCAAGGUUCGGAUGUAUGACACAUCGAAUCCUUAUGAUUGGAAAUAUUACAAGACCGUCGAUUAUCCCUUCGGUCAAUGGACCAUUACUGAUGCGACUUUGAGCCCCGACAACCGGUUCCUUGUGUACAGUUCAAUACGAAGCCAGGUAUAUAUGGCUACCACGGACCCAGAAGAUGAUUCAGACCCUACUGUUCUGGACUUGUCUACUCCACCGGGCCAAAUACGACACCGAAGCUUGGGAAGCUCACACUUUGGGGUUUGGUCUCUUCGAUUCUCUGGAGAUGGACGUGAGGUUGUUGCGGGCACAUCAGAAAACUCGGUGAUCGUCUAUGACAUAGAAACAAAACAACGGGUCCUAAAUCUUCGAGAUCGACAUCAGCAUCACGUCAAUGCUGUUUGCUACGGUGAUACCUCAUCACCGCAUAUCUUGUACUCCGGAUCUGAUGACACCACGAUACGAGUGUGGGAUCGACGAUCAAUGGGCGAUGGGCGCGAAGCCGGUGCCUUCAUGGGUCACACCGAGGGACUGACCUACGUUGACAGCAAAGGUGACGGUCGAUACGUCUUGUCUAACAGCAAAGACCAGACAAUGAAGCUUUGGGAUUUGCGCAAGAUGAUGACAUCCGCCGACGUAGAAAACCUGGACCCUCUUGAGUACACCACUGCCUUUGACUACCGGUUUGAGCCAUACCCAGAAGAAUAUCGACGAAGUGCCAAGAACGACUGCUCUGUUGUUACAUUCCGAGGUCACCGUGUUCUUAAGACAUUGAUACGUUGCCACUUCUCGCCGCCGGGGAGCACAAACUCGCGCUAUGUGUAUAGCGGUAGCGAGGACGGCAAGAUUUAUGUCUACAAUAUGGAUGCCACGCUUGCUGACACGAUUGACGUUGGGCAAGCGACAAUGUACUCCCGGCCGCGUGAGCCAGAUACCUAUGCAUCGGCAUAUGAAAUGAGUGGUGAGAUGCUAUGGAGGACCUGUGUCCGGGAUGCAAGUUGGCACCCAAAUGCGCCAGUAUUGGCAGCAACUGCCUGGAAUGGCUGGGGCUUGUCUACUGGAACCUGCACCGUGCAUUCAUGGAACGACGGUGCUGCCAAAGACGAAGGCGACCCACCUUUGAGUUGGAGCUAUGAUGAGAAGCUGCGUCCCAUCCCCGCAUUCAACGACUACCGCGCAAACGCUCCGUAUGGUCACCCACGCCGUCCGCUACGCAGUCGGCCUGUCCGCCGGUGGGUGAUUGACGAGGAGGCAGAGGACACGAUAUGGUAA